AUGGCGAAGAAACUCUUCUGUAUCGGAAACCCCCUCCUCGACAUCUCCGCAGAUGUCGACCAGGCCUUCCUGGACAAGUACGGGGUCAAGCUUAACAACGCCAUUCUCUGCGAGGAGAAGCACAUCCCAGUCUUCGACGACCUCGUGAACAACCACAAGGUGCAGUACAUCGCUGGUGGAGCCACACAGAACACCGCCCGUGUCGCCCAGUGGCAGAUCAACCAGCCCGGAGCUGUCACGUAUGCUGGCUCCAUCGGCAAGGACAAGUUUGGCGAGAAGCUCAAGGAGGCAGCAGCUGCUGAUGGGCUCACGACCCUCUACUACGAGGCUGAGGGAACUCCGACGGGAACCUGCGCUGUGCUCGUGUCUGGAGGAGAGCGCUCGCUCAUGGCCAACCUGGCUGCUGCUGAGAAGUACACCAUCGCGUGGACGCAGAGCAAGCCCGUACAGGACGCCAUCGCCGCUGCUCAGAUGUACUACAUCGCCGGCUUCGUGCUCACUCACUCCGCCGACUCCAUCAUGCACGUGGCCAAGCACGCUCAUGACAACAACAAGACCAUGAUCAUGAACACCUCUGCUCCCUUCCUCUUCGAGGUUCCUCCCUUCUUCAACGCCUUCAAGGAGGCAUGGGAGUACCUCGACAUCGUCGUCGGCAACGAGUCCGAGGCUGCCGCCAUGGGCAAGGCCUUCGGCUUCAGCGCCACCUCCGUCAAGGAGAUCGCGAUCGAGGCUGCCAAGUUGCCCAAGAAGAACUCCUCCAAGCCCCGCAUGGUUGUCAUCACCCAGGGCUCUGAGUGCACCAUCGUCGCUACUCCCGAGGGAGCGACUGAGUACCCCGUCACCAAGGUGGACAAAGUCGUCGACACCAACGGAGCUGGAGACGCCUUCUGCGGUGGCUUCUUUGCUGGGCUGAUGCUCGGAAAGUCCAUUGAGGACUCGGUCAAGUGCGGUCACUACACCGCCGGAGUCGUGAUCCAGCGCUCAGGCUGCCAGUACAGCGACGCUGCUCGCUAUACCUUCUAA